CUUCCGCCCGCCUCCGGGGUGCGAUCUACACCGUUCAAUUGGCUGGUGUACUGUCCCGCCACGAGAAAAACCAGUCUGUCGCUGACUAAGCGCCAUCCGUCUCGUUCUUUUUCGUAGAAUGGUAUCACUUUGUCUGAGGUCAACGACAACCUUCGACAGGACUCAAGAAGGACCCAACAAUCCCAUUAUUCGUCUAUUUUUUUUUUCUGUCCGGUGCAUUCACUCCCUCUGCUCCAACAGAUACAUCAUUGUUUGUCGUUUUGUUCUAUCCUUGACCUUUGCCGGCUUGCUAUAUGGCCUUUGCCCCGCGCCGACUCUCUUCCCCCCGUCGAAUCGUUUCUGCCUCGCUCUUAAAAUUUCCCUACCGCCAGAACGACUUUCUCCAGGGCCUCGACUUGCUUUGAAACCCUCCUUAAUCCUUCAAUUCUCUAUUUAACUCUUGCAUUACCGAAACAAACAACAUUAGAACUUACGUCGAUUUCACUAGGAGUUUGAGAAGGGGCUUCUCCGUCAAAUAAUCCUAAUUCAAUA